AUGCCUUUGAAAAAAAGAAAUUUGAAUGUCGACUCUGGCGCAAGUGGUACAAAAGAUGACAUGAGAGGGAACAAAGAUCCUUUCGAGCCACAUUUCGGUCCCAACAGUUGCAAGAGUUUUUCUAAGUAUGCAAAUAAAAUUUUGAUCAAGUGGAACUGUAUCAAAGUUCUUCAGGAAGGAGGCCAAGAAAAAUGUGCUGUUGCCAAUGACGAAUUGGAUCUCGUGCGUUCACUGAAAGGUCAAGGAUAUUACGUUCCACCUCGCGGAGCUAUUCGAGUGCCCGUCGAGGAACCUUGGGAAGUACGUGGUGGACCAUAUGACGUUUACGAGCCCGAUGGCCACCUUCGAGACGGUACUACGUGGUGCAAGUCAACCUCCUCGGAUUCGAGCCUGAAACUUUGUCGUCUAGCUUUCGAUGAUCUCAGGUUUUUAUUCUUCUGUCCUAUUAAUGCGAAGAUCGGCGACAUAGUGCGUGAAUUUCCAAAUUCCGAUGUCUUAUUCGUUUUGAGGAUGACUGCCUCUACGGACGCUGUGUCAAAUACUUCUUAUGUACCCGUCGGGCGCGCUUGGAUUUUUUUAGCACCAGGACCGGGACAGCUGCUGCGCUGGCCGGCAAAUAAAAAUUCGCAAGUCAACAAUAUUCUAAACCUUGUAGCACUCCAAUUUUUACCGGGCACUCAGCAACUCGCAGCGCUGAAAGAGCGACUUACAAAAGAUCAUUUCCUCAAUUAG